AUGUCCGCCCCGAUGGCAACAAUGGACCCCGACGAGUCCUUCGACCCGGACCCCGUCAUCGCCUCCUACGACGUCUUCUUCAACCCGUCUCUCCCGCAGGGCCGCAAGCUCUGGGUCCUCCAGCAGCCCAACCGCACCGACCCGCGCCAGCCCACCCCGACCGAGAUGCGCCUCAAGGCCCGCUCCGGCAUGGUCGAGGUCGACGUGCCUCUCGACUACACCCAGUCCUACGACCGCGAGAAGGGCAUGAAAUGGGGCCGCCAGCUCAAGGCCAGCCUCGAGUCCAAGAACGGCGGCACACAUGGCCUGUCCGGCGGCUUCGGCGUCGGCGCGCCCCCGCCCCGACCCAAGAGGCGCGGCGACCCCGACCUCGACGACGAGCUGUACCUCGAGUGGCCCGAGGCCGUGCGCCAGGACAAGGUCUUGAGGACCCAGACCCUCGGUGGCCAGUGUCCUGACCAUAAGGAGGUUCAGUACAUGAUUGGCGUCUUCCAAGGCAAGGACCUCCACCUCACACCCGUCUCGAACCUCGUCCACCUCCGCCCCCAGCUUCAUCACGUCGACGCCGUGGCCCAGCAAGAACGCAACGCCUCCGCCGCCGCGGCCAAGGAAUCCGCUGCGGCAGCAGGUGCCGGCCCCGGAGGCGCGGCCGGUGGCGCGGCGCAGGGCUCCUCCUCGGCGGCCGCGCGCGCCAUCCACAUGACCAUUAAGACGACUCCCGACGGCGCAGCCGCCAAGAGCGAGACCAUGGCCGACCGCCUCCGCGCCGUGCAGAUGGAGAACUGGCGCAGGCUCAAGUACACGGACGAGAACGACGAGGCCGCCUGGGACAUCUACCAGGAGAGCCUCAUCAUGCGCGGUCCCGGUGACGUCGCCAGGCCGCAGCCGCAGCAGUUCGACGACGACGACGACGAGGAAAAGAAGAAGGCCGCGCUCGAGGGCGCCGAGGCGCUCGAGUCCAAGUCUGUGGUGGACCUGGCAGACCAGGUUGCGAGGUUGGAGACCAAAUGGGGCGACGACGAGCUGCUGGAGGCCGUCAGUGGCAUCAAGAAGCCGAAGCCCAUGUCCAAGGCAGAGUUGGAAGCCGAGGCCGCCGCCGCCGCCGCUGCCGAAGAGGAGGCGCGGAAGAUGAAGCCCAAGGCGCGGGGCGCGGUGGCUGCACGACGUGGAGGCAAGGCCAGAGCGGCGCCUGCGCAAGCUGCUUCCAGCAUGGACCUGGCAUGA